CUGAGGUCGCUGUUCUGUGCGUCGCCUCCUUCUUCUCUUUCGAUUUUGCUGUGAAAAUGGAGAAACGCAGCGCGGACUCACGCGUCAAAGGAGUCAGCACAGGGACCACCAUCCUGGCUGCCACUUUUGAUGGAGGGGUCGUGAUUGGGUCAGAUUCCAGGGCUUCCAUUGGAGGAGAUUUUGUAUCAUCUAAAACCAUCAACAAGGUGAUUCAGGUUCAUGACAAGAUCUACUGCUGCAUGGCUGGCUCACUCGCAGAUGCUCAGGCCGUCACCAAGGCUGCCAAGUUCCACCUGUCCUUCCACAGUGUGCAGAUGGGGACCCCUCCACUGGUGAUAGCAGCAGCGUCGGUGCUGCAAGAAUUGUGCUACAAAAACAAAGACGAGCUGCAGGCCGGCUUCAUCACAGCCGGCUGGGACAGGAAGAAAGGACCACAGGUGUACGUGGUGUCUCUAGGUGGGAUGUUAAUCGGUCAGCCGGUGACCAUCGGUGGCUCAGGCAGCACCUACAUCUACGGCUACGUUGACGCCAAAUACAAACCCAACAUGAGCAGAGAGGAAUGCCUCCAGUUCGCUACGAAUGCUCUCGCUCUCGCCAUGGGCAGAGACAACGUCAGCGGAGGCGUGGCUCACCUGGUGGUGAUAACGGAAGCCGGGGCGGAGCACGUGGUUGUCCCUGGUAACAAGUUGCCCAAGUUCCACAAUGAGUGACAGUCUUCGACAACCAAUUACAUUUUGUGUGUAAUUUUUUUGCGGGAAUGGGGGGGGGCUUUUUGUAAGUAAUUGUUUUGAAAUCUCUGAGACACAAUCAAUAAUGUACUGUAUAGCACUGGGAUGUCAUAAAUUCUACACGCACACGCACACGCGCACACAAACAAACACGCACACACACACACACACACACACACACAGAACAAAAGACACAGAAGAAAACACAACAUUAUUACACACACACACAGAACAAAACACAAAAUGAUUAGUUUCCUGCCAAUGAAAAACUUGUGGUUGUGGAAACAGUGGUGUAAAAACGUGUUUGUUAUUAUGGUAAGAUGCAGACUAGUUUGUACAAAAUCGAUACCAAACCACAACCGUCUUCUUACAACUCUUAUAAUUCCAUAAUAAAUAUGGCUCUAUCUGCCCUUUUCCCGGUAUAGAUUACGAUUUGUGUAUUUCUUCUCUCUUUUUUUAUGUGUGGAACAUUUUUAAAUAUAAAUAAACAUUUUCCAACACCUCA